UUCCAUCUUCCAUUCUCGAGAAUUCCGAAUAUCCGCCACUACCGGUUUCCUUAACCCGUAAUAUCUCUCAUUUCGCCGUAUCGUCUUGAUAUAUAGGGCAUAUAGGGCGGGGACACUAACGGUCCAGCCGUUCGAGCCGUUCGAGUUGAAACCUGCGCGACUAACCACCCCCGAGUCCGCAAAGACGCAACCCUGGCGCUCCAACCGAAGGCCUUCGGCGAAGGCUCACCAGCUGUGGCCAAAAUGGCCCAGCCUACAAUCGUCGAACCCGUCGAGGAUUACGAUUAUGAGUCUCUGCCACCCAAUUUCUCUCUGGCCCAGAAUAUGACCGCCGGUGCUUUCGCCGGUAUAGCGGAACACACAGUCAUGUACCCGAUUGACGCUAUCAAGACGCGCAUGCAAAUUAUAAACCCCUCGGCGAACGCGGUAUACAAGGGUGUGAUCCAAAGCACUAUGCGCGUGGCGAGCGGAGAAGGUGUCCUGAAACUCUGGAGAGGCAUGUCUAGUGUGGUGGUUGGAGCCGGACCUGCACAUGCUGUGUAUUUCGCAACGUACGAGGCAGUAAAGCACUUGAUGGGUGGUAAUCGAGUUGGUGUCCACCACCCCCUCGCAGCAGCUACGAGCGGAGCUUGCGCGACGAUCGCUAGCGAUGCACUCAUGAACCCCUUUGACGUCAUCAAGCAACGCAUGCAGAUCCAACAUUCUAGCAAAAUGUAUCGAUCCAUGACCGAUUGCGCACGAUACGUUUACAAGACGGAAGGUCUCUCGGCCUUUUACGUUUCUUACCCUACUACGCUCUCGAUGACCGUACCCUUCACUGCACUGCAGUUUCUUGCAUACGAGUCUAUAUCCACGGCUAUGAAUCCUAGCAAGAAGUACGAUCCCUUUACGCACUGCAUGGCGGGUGCCGUUGCUGGUGGGUUUGCAGCAGCAUUGACGACUCCAAUGGACGUGGUGAAGACGAUGCUGCAGACCCGUGGUACUGCCACAGACUCCGAACUAAGAUCGGUGAAUGGAUUUAUGGCGGGAUGCAGACUUGUAGUACAACGAGAGGGUUUCCGUGGAUUUUUCAAGGGAGUUCGGCCGAGAGUGGUGACUACCAUGCCGAGCACGGCCAUCUGCUGGUCGGCGUACGAGGCAUCCAAGGCUUACUUUAUUCGCACCAACACUUCUUCUUCUUCCUCUGCUUCAUCAUCUACGUCUUCUUGAUGGGGAAUAUUGGGCAUGAAGUCGAAAUUCGUUUUUUUUUCGAGGUAUGCCACGCAGUCUUCACGCAUAACCCCACAAAUCGGCCCCCUU